UUGGACUCGCAACUCUCUCUCUAGACUCUGUAUACCUGCCAAAACCUCAUCCUUUUCGUUCUCUCUCUAGACUCUCUAAUUCGCCGAAACCACCUCUUUUCCGAGCUCUUUCUCUCUCUAGAUUCUCUAAGCUCCCGCUUUCUCUCUCUACUUUUUGCUGGAGGAUUUAAUUCUGUGUAAAUCUUAUAACUUCUUCUGCAGGCAACGGAUUUGGCUUCUUUCGGACGCCUUUUCCCCCGCCUUUAAAUCUCCCCUUUAAGAAGCGCUCCUCACUCCUUCUAAAACGAACGCGUCGGCUCGGAGCAUCGAAAUCUGGUUCUCCGAUCAAGUAUACGGGAAAUCAGGUCGAUUUCUGGCUGGAAUUCACUUUUUCCGGCGAGUUUUUCAGACCUUUGCUAGGUCGAAAGGAGCUCAGAUCUUUGGAUGAUCACGCGUUUAUUCUUUGUUGUUAGUUUGUCACAGAUCUGACACGUGUCUGUCUGGGGGUCUUGAUUCCCUUGAACGUUGGUAGUAUCACGGGGAAACCUGCUUAUGUUUAUCUUUAUUGGAAUACAAAGUCUACAAAGGUUGUGGGUUUUCUAGCAUUUUGCUUCACAAUAUCUAAUAGUUGAGGUGGUGGUUGAUAAAUGAUAUCCAGGCAUCAUGGUGUCAAAAUCCUGUACAAAUCUGUUGGGUUUGGCCUCUGGCGAGCUGAUGGACUUCCCACAAGCUUUAAGGCGACUUCCUAGAGUUGUUACUUCACCAGGGAUCAUCUCAGAUUUUGAUGAUGGAUUGAAUGAAAUUGGCAAAAGUCAAGAAAGGAUCAUAAUAGUAGCAAAUCAGCUACCUCUUCGCGCUCAAAAGGGUGUUCUAGAUGGUAAAUGGCACUUUAGUUGGGAUGAAGAUUCUCCUCUGCCCCAACUAAAAGAUGGGUUCUCUUCUGGUACUGAUUGUCUCUUUGUUGGUUGUCUCAAAGCUGAGAUAGACUCGAGCGAGCAAGAAGCCAUUGCCCAGAGGCUUUUGGAAGAGUUCAAAUGCGUGCCCACUUUCCUUCCUAAUGAACUUCAAGUCAAAUUUUACCAUGGAUUUUGUAAGCAGCAUCUAUGGCCACUGUUCCAUUACAUGCUGCCUUUAUGUCCUGAUCAUGGGGAUAAGUUUGACCGGUCUCUAUGGCAAGCGUAUGUCUCUGCAAAUAAGUUAUUUGCUGACAAAGUCAUGGAAGUAAUCAACCCAGAUGAUGACUACGUAUGGGUCCAUGACUAUCAUCUUAUGGUCCUUCCUACAUUCUUGAGGAAGCGGUUUAACCGGAUUAAGCUCGGGUUCUUUCUCCAUAGCCCCUUCCCAUCUUCUGAGAUUUACAGGACUUUACCUGUGCGCGAUGAGAUCUUGAAGGCCUUGCUCAAUUCAGAUUUGAUUGGUUUUCACACCUUUGAUUAUGCUCGACACUUCCUUUCUUGUUGUAGUAGGAUGUUGGGUUUGGAUUAUGAAUCCAAGAGGGGUUACAUUGGUCUAGAGUAUUAUGGCCGCACAGUGAGUAUAAAGAUUCUUCCUGUUGGUGUACAUAUGGGACAGCUUGAGUCAGUGUUGAAUAAAGCUGAAACUUCAGCAAAGGUAAGAGAGCUUGAAGAACAGUUUAUGGGGAAAACUUUGGUUGUUGGGGUUGAUGAUAUGGACAUAUUUAAGGGUAUAAGUCUGAAGUUGUUGGCGAUGGAGGAGCUUUUGAAGCAACAUCCCAAACUGCAAGGCAAAGUUGUCCUAGUUCAGAUUGCCAACCCUGCCAGAAGUAGUGGGAAAGAUGUACAAGAAGCCAAGAGAGAGACUCAUUCAACUGCUAAAAGGAUUAAUGAGAUGUAUGGGUAUCCUGGUUAUGACCCAAUUGUUUUAAUUGAUCGACCUGUGCCCCUGUAUGAGAAACUUGCCUAUUAUGUCAUGGCUGAGUGUUGUGUGGUGAAUGCUGUGAGAGAUGGGAUGAACUUGGUUUCGUAUAAAUAUAUUGUUUGCAGGCAAGGAACUCUAAAGGCUGAUGAAGCAAUGGGUAUCAGUUCAACUAUCCCUAGAAAGAGCAUGCUUGUCGUUUCUGAAUUUGUCGGUUGUUCCCCUUCUCUAAGUGGGGCAAUCAGGGUUAACCCUUGGAACAUUGAUGCAGUGUCAGAGGCCAUAAAUUCUGCCAUUACUAUGCCUGAUUCAGAAAAACAACUACGCCAUGAGAAGCAUUAUCGGUAUGUCAGCUCUCAUGAUGUGGGUUAUUGGGCAAGAAGCUUCAAGUCUGACUUGGAGAGAGCUUGUAAAGAUCACUACUCUAGAAGGUGUUGGGGAAUUGGAUUUGGGUUAGGUUUCAGGGUUGUUGCUCUUGAUCCAAAUUUCAGGAAAUUGUCCAUAGAGCAUGUCGCUUCUGUGUACAAAAGAACAAAGAGAAGGGCAAUAUUUUUGGAUUAUGAUGGAACCAUGAUGCCUCAGACAUCGAUAUGCAAGAAUCCCAGUAACGAGGUCAUUUCUGUUCUGAAUAGCCUGUGCAGUGAUCCUAAGAACACUGUGUUCAUUGUCAGUGGAAGGGGAAGGAGUUCUUUAAGCGAGUGGUUUUCUCCUUGUCAGAAGUUGGGAAUUGCAGCAGAGCAUGGGUACUUCACAAGAUGGAGUGGAGACUCUGAGUGGAAAUCAUGCUUGUUAGCUGCAGAUUUCGAUUGGAAAAGUAUAGCUGAACCUGUUAUGAGAUUAUAUACCGAGACAACUGAUGGAUCUUCGAUGGAAAUAAAGGAAAGUGCAUUGGUCUGGCAUCAUCAAGAUGCUGACCCAGAUUUUGGUUCUUGUCAAGCAAAGGAGCUUUUGGACCACCUAGAGAAUGUACUAGCCAAUGAACCAGUAGUCGUUAAGGGCCAGCAUAUUGUGGAAGUUAAGCCGCAGGGUGUAAGUAAGGGUUUGGUUGCAGAAAACCUUCUCUCAGCAAUGGUGGAUGGUGGGAAGCCACCUGAUUUUGUGAUGUGCAUCGGUGAUGAUAGGUCUGAUGAGGACAUGUUUGAGAGCAUAUCAACUGCUAUAUCUCGUCUAUCAAUGCCAGGACAAACAGAGGUUUAUGCGUGUACAGUUGAGCAAAAACCAAGCAAGGCUAAGUAUUAUCUCGAUGACACUGUCGAGGUCAUAAAGUUGCUUCAAGGUCUUGCUGCUGCCUCAGAUCAGCAUCCAAGGCCUGCUCAUAUUCAAGUGUCCUUCGAAAGCUGUGCUUGAAGUGGAUGAAUCAUAUUGGGGAGCUUGAGAAUGCUAAAAACCAGGUUUUGUGGCUAAUGGCUUAAGUUGGAGAAUUAUGGGAUGCAUUUAUUGAUCUAAUUGAAUAUUCUCAAGACAAUUUUGUUGGGUAUAAGGUGAUGACCUUUAUCUGUUAGUGGAAGAGGAAGUGGAUAAUCGCGGGGGUUUGGCAUGGUGCACCUAGCUUUUGCUGAGCUUUCUUUGAUGUGGUGGCUGAACUCUUGCCAAUUCCAAAUAGUGAAGCAAUUUUGCUGAGUCUUUUGUUUCUGGGAUCAUGUCUUGAGGGUUGGUGAUAGUGAAGUCAUGUGAUGAUAGCAAGGGCCGCCGCAUUUGGCGCUCAUUACCAUGUGAAUUUUGCUUUUAUAGAAGCUCGAUCACAAUAGUAAAAAAUGAAAUGGUAUAAUGACCUCUCACAUGUAUGUAUUCACACUGUUCUUACCAAUUUAUUUUUUUUGAUACAUUGAAUCAAAUGGAAUAAUAUUUACAGGUUGUUCCAAGUUAAA